UCCGCCGCGAGCCGCCGCGCCCGGGACGGUGCGCCGCGCUCGAGCCCCGGCCCUGGCAGAGUGAGCCGCCCGCCGCCGCCCGCGAGAGCCCGGCCGCCGGCCCUGCCGUCCCUCGCCGCCCCGCGCCGGUCCCCGCCGCCCCGGGCUCGCCGCCAUGGGGCCCCGGCUCGGCGCGUGGCUGCUGCUGGGGCUCGCCGCGCUCCUGCUCCACGAGGAGAGCAGCCGGGCCGCCGCGAAGGGUGGGUGUGCUGGCUCUGGCUGCGGGAAGUGUGACUGCCAUGGCGUGAAAGGACAGAAGGGAGAAAGAGGCCUCCCGGGGUUACAAGGGGUCAUCGGGUUUCCCGGAAUGCAAGGACCCGAGGGGCCGCAGGGACCACCAGGACAGAAGGGUGACACCGGCGAGCCCGGACUGCCAGGCACUAAAGGGACGAGAGGACCCUCAGGAGUGCCUGGUUACCCUGGAAACCCAGGACUUCCUGGUAUUCCUGGCCAGGACGGUCCUCCGGGUCCCCCAGGUAUUCCAGGAUGUAACGGGACAAAGGGUGAGAGAGGGCCCGCGGGACCUCCCGGUUUGCCUGGAUUCGCCGGAAAUCCCGGACCACCAGGGUUACCGGGAAUGAAGGGAGAUCCAGGUGAGAUUCUGGGCCAUAUACCAGGGACCCUGCUGAAAGGCGAAAGAGGAUAUCCUGGACAGCCGGGAGCGCCUGGUUCACCAGGCCUGCCAGGACUGCAAGGCCCCGUCGGGCCCCCAGGAUUCACCGGGCCACCAGGCCCUCCAGGCCCUCCUGGCCCUCCAGGCGAAAAGGGGCAAAUGGGCUUGAGCUUUCAAGGGCCGAAAGGUGAAAAGGGUGAUCAAGGGGUCAGCGGGCCCCCGGGAUUACCAGGACAGGCUCAAGUCAUCACGAAAGGGGACACAGCCAUGCGUGGCGAGAAGGGUCAAAAAGGUGAACCCGGAUUUCCGGGGCUGCAAGGGUUUGGAGAGAAAGGAGAACCUGGAAAACCAGGGCCCCGUGGAAAACCAGGAAAAGAUGGUGAAAAAGGAGAAAAAGGGAGUCAAGGGUUUCCGGGCGAUUCAGGGUACCCAGGACAGCCAGGCCGAGAAGGUUUAAAGGGAGAGAAAGGUGAAGCAGGUCCUCCCGGGCUGCCUGGAACUGUUAUUGGCACAGGACCCUUGGGAGAGAAAGGAGAGCCCGGGUACCCAGGGGGCCCAGGGGCGAAAGGGGAGACAGGUCCCAAAGGUUACCCAGGAAUACCAGGCCAGCCAGGCCCUCCAGGCUUCCCGACUCCGGGGCUGAUUGGUGCCCCCGGCUUCCCCGGCGACAGAGGAGAGAAGGGUGAACCGGGCUUGCCGGGUGUGUCGCUGCCAGGACCCAGCGGAAGGGACGGGCUUCCCGGCCCCCCCGGGCCCCCCGGGCCCCCUGGGCAGCCGGGCCACACAAAUGGACUCGUGGAAUGCCAGCCUGGGCCACCAGGGGACCAGGGUCCUCCCGGAAUUCCAGGGCAGCCGGGGUUGACGGGCGAAGUUGGAGAAAAAGGUCAAAAAGGAGACAGCUGCCUCGUCUGUGACACAACAGAGCUUCGUGGGCCCCCAGGGCCACAGGGACCCCCCGGAGAAAUAGGUUUCCCAGGACAACCAGGGGCCAAGGGAGACAGAGGCUUACCCGGCAGGGCUGGUGUGGAAGGAACGCCUGGUCCUCAAGGUGUGCCAGGGCUCAUGGGCCAGCCGGGAGCCAAGGGCGAGCCCGGCGAGAUCUACUUCGACAUACGGCUCAAGGGCGACAAAGGAGACCCCGGCUUACCAGGCCAGCCUGGCAUGCCAGGCAGAGCGGGCUCCCCUGGAAGAGACGGCCAACCGGGCCUUCCCGGCCCCAGAGGCUCCCCGGGUUCAGUAGGAUUGAAAGGGGAGCGUGGCCCCCCGGGAGGCGUCGGAUUCCCCGGGAGCCGUGGCGAUGGCCCUCCGGGGCCUCCAGGCUUCGGCCCGAUUGGCCCCAUUGGUGACAAAGGAGAAAUGGGCUUCCCAGGCAACCCUGGGGCCCCAGGCCAGCCAGGUCUCAAGGGAGAGACGGGAAAAGUCGUGCCCUUGCCCGGCCCCCCUGGAGCAGAAGGACUUCCCGGGUCCCCCGGCUUCCAGGGGCCACAAGGUGACCGAGGUUUUCCUGGAAGCCCCGGAAGGCCGGGCCUCCCUGGAGAGAAGGGUGCCAUCGGCCAGCCUGGGAUUGGAUUUCCUGGGCCUCCUGGCCCCAAAGGCGUUGAUGGUAUACCUGGAGACGCUGGACCUCCUGGGAAUCCGGGUCGUCAAGGCUUCAACGGCUUACCUGGCAACCCCGGUCCACCUGGCCAGAAGGGCGAGCCUGGAGUCGGUCUGCCGGGACUCAAAGGCCUGCCUGGGAUACCUGGCAUCCCUGGCACCCCCGGGGAGAAGGGAAACGUCGGAGGACCGGGCGUUCCUGGAGAGCACGGCGCCAUCGGCCCCCCAGGCCUCCAGGGGCUCAGAGGUGACCCGGGACCUCCUGGAUUGCAAGGCCCCAGAGGAGCUCCGGGAGUCCCCGGAAUCGGCCCUCCUGGAGCAAUGGGCCCCCCCGGAGGACAGGGACCCCCAGGGUCAUCAGGCCCCCCCGGAGUGAAAGGAGAGAAAGGCUUCCCCGGCUUCCCAGGUCUGGACAUGCCAGGUCCCAAAGGAGACAAAGGGUCCCAGGGGCUCCCCGGCCUGACGGGGCAGUCGGGGCUGCCUGGCCUUCCUGGACAGCAGGGCUCCCCCGGCCAGCCUGGCAUUCCAGGUCCCAAGGGAGAGAUGGGAGUCAUGGGGACUCCGGGGCAGCCCGGCUCGCCAGGACCAGCGGGCGUGCCAGGAUUGCCGGGUGCCAAAGGGGAACACGGCUUCCCCGGCUCCUCAGGACCCAGGGGAGACCCUGGCUUCAAGGGUGACAAAGGCGACGUGGGGCUCCCCGGCAAGCCAGGCUCCAUGGAUAAGGUGGACAUGGGCAGCAUGAAGGGCGAGAAGGGGGACCAAGGCGAGAAAGGACAGACUGGUCCGACUGGCGAUAAAGGAUCCCGCGGAGACCCGGGAACCCCAGGCGUGCCGGGAAAGGACGGUCAGGCAGGACACCCCGGGCAGCCAGGACCUAAAGGUGAUCCAGGUGUGAGCGGGAUCCCUGGUGCUCCGGGACUUCCUGGUCCCAAAGGAUCCACUGGUGGAAUGGGCCUCCCAGGAAUGCCGGGACCAAAAGGUGUGGCUGGCAUCCCCGGCCCGCAGGGCAUUCCUGGCUUACCUGGAGACAAGGGGGCAAAAGGAGAGAAAGGGCAGGCGGGUCUGCCUGGCAUUGGGAUUCCAGGACGGCCUGGGGAGAAGGGAGACCAGGGCCUUGCAGGAUUUCCCGGAAGCCCCGGCGAGAAGGGAGAGAAAGGAAGCACGGGGAUCCCAGGGAUGCCCGGGGCUCCGGGCCCCAAAGGCUCCCCGGGCAGUGUUGGCUAUCCGGGAAGCCCUGGGUUGCCUGGGGAGAAAGGUGACAAGGGCCUCCCAGGACUGGAUGGCACUCCUGGCAUCAAAGGAGAAGCAGGUCUUCCUGGGAAGCCUGGCCCCACGGGCCCAGCCGGCCAGAAAGGGGAGCCCGGCAGCGAUGGAAUCCCAGGGUCGGUGGGAGAGAAGGGCGAGGCAGGUCUACCUGGAAGAGGAUUCCCAGGGUUUCCAGGGAGCAAAGGAGAGAAAGGUUCAAAGGGCGAUGUGGGCUUCCCAGGAUUAGCUGGGAGCCCAGGAAUUCCUGGAUCCAAAGGAGAACAAGGAUUCAUGGGUCCCCCGGGACCACAGGGACAGCCGGGAUUGCCAGGGACCCCAGGCCACGCGGUAGAGGGGCCCAAAGGAGACCGCGGCCCGCAAGGACAACCCGGCCUGCCAGGGCAUCCGGGACCCAUGGGGCCUCCAGGCCUCCCCGGGCUCGAUGGGCUGAAAGGUGACAAGGGGAACCCAGGCUGGCCGGGCACUCCGGGAGCUCCAGGGCCCAAGGGAGACCCAGGAUUCCAGGGCAUGCCGGGCAUUGGCGGCUCUCCAGGAAUCACAGGAGCUAAGGGAGAUAUGGGACCCCCAGGAGUUCCAGGGUUUCAUGGUCAAAAAGGCGCCCCCGGCCUGCAGGGAGUCAAAGGCGACCAAGGAGACCAAGGCUUCCCGGGAACGAAAGGUCUUCCUGGCCCCCCGGGCCCCCCAGGUCCGUUCAACAUCAUCAAGGGGGAACCAGGGCUCCCUGGUCCCGAGGGCCCUGCGGGUCUGAAAGGGCUUCAGGGACCUCCAGGCCCGAAAGGACAGCAAGGUGUGACGGGAUCCGCGGGCUUGCCUGGGCCCCCAGGUGAGCCCGGCUUUGACGGCGCCCCCGGCCAGAAAGGAGAGACGGGGCCCUUCGGCCCUCCAGGUCCACGAGGCUUCCCAGGUCCGCCCGGCCCCGACGGGCUGCCGGGGUCCAUGGGUCCCCCGGGCACCCCGUCAGUCGAUCACGGCUUCCUUGUGACCCGGCACAGUCAGACGACAGACGACCCCCAGUGCCCUCCUGGGACCAAAAUCCUCUACCACGGCUACUCUUUGCUCUACGUGCAAGGCAACGAGCGGGCGCAUGGCCAGGACUUGGGCACGGCGGGCAGCUGCCUGCGGAAGUUCAGCACCAUGCCCUUCCUCUUCUGCAACAUCAACAACGUCUGCAACUUCGCCUCCCGCAAUGACUACUCGUACUGGCUGUCCACGCCGGAGCCCAUGCCCAUGUCCAUGGCGCCCAUCACCGGGGAGAACAUCCGGCCCUUCAUCAGCAGGUGUGCUGUGUGUGAGGCCCCAGCGAUGGUGAUGGCCGUGCACAGCCAGACCAUCCAGAUUCCGCAGUGCCCUGCCGGCUGGUCCUCGCUCUGGAUCGGCUACUCCUUUGUGAUGCACACCAGCGCCGGGGCUGAAGGCUCUGGCCAAGCCCUCGCCUCCCCCGGCUCAUGUCUGGAGGAGUUCAGGAGCGCCCCCUUCAUCGAGUGCCACGGCCGUGGAACUUGCAAUUACUACGCAAACGCUUACAGCUUUUGGCUUGCCACGAUAGAGCGGAGCGAGAUGUUCAAGAAGCCCACGCCGUCCACGCUGAAGGCCGGGGAGCUGCGCACGCACGUCAGCCGGUGCCAGGUGUGCCUGCGGAGGACAUGACGGAGCCGGCCGCAGCUGCGUCUCGAAUGGUGCUACUCCCUCCUCCCCCCCUCCUCCUAACAGCAACGAGCUCUAGAAAUGUAGCCCGUGUACCUCACUGUCCAUGCGAAAACCAUAAGGUGCCUGAUAGGAAUCUGCCAGACUAACACACCCUGCUUCAUUGGCCUCUGCUGCUGAAGGAGAACCAAGUCCACCAUGAGCUGCCUGUAGGACGCCCCCGGGGCGCUCCCGAUGCAAUAAAGAGCAUGUCUGUCCUGAGUCCGCUGCACUCCUGUGUGACGUGAGACCCACCAGAAAACCAAAGGGUGCUAGAGGGGGGCGGGGCUUCCAUCCCGGGGGCAGCCCCUUGGCGUCCCGGCGUCCUGACGGGUCCGUUCCAGCCCCAGACGGAUGGUCUGUUGAGGUCACUGUCGAGCCGCCUCAGAAUUCAGGCUCCCUCGGUCUGUCCAAGUACUGGCCGUGUGGAGCCGAUGGCGGGGCCCUCCCGGUGGAAGGGUGGGCCGGCAGCCCUGUCUUCCGACCGCCCCCUCCCUCCAAAGAAAAAUGUCAGUCUUUCUGCUCCGUGUGGUACUGCGCAGCUGCUCUUGCAGAAAUCACAGAUUUCCUGUGGAAUAAAGGUGGUCCCCAAAGUAGGCAGAAAGGAAAUAUAUAUAUAUAUUUUAGUAAUUUAUAUAGAUGUCAGCAAUUAGGCAGGUCAAGCUGUAGUUUCAUUUCCACUGUUAAAAUAAAGCUUACAUAGUUUCUUUAAAAGCCUGUGUUGUCCUUUAACAGUGUUUUUCUAAACACUAGGGUAUUGAAUGUGAAACACCAAUUUUCAUUGUUCACCUCGAAACCAAAAGUUGUGUAUUGCCAAAGCCAAACCCAGGUUCACGGACGUGGUGUCUGUUACAGGGAGACAUGUCCUUUGAGCUUCUUGUUUUUCUUCUGUAUGAGAUAUCUUCAGGGUUUUAAACACUAAUCACAAACUGAAUGACUUGACUUCAAAAGCAACAGCCUUGAAAGGCCUUCAUCUUAAGAGCGUCCGCGUUCUGCGGCCGGGUGUGAGAAGCGCUCUGUCCAAGCAGAAUUUCAGUGGCGUUACCUGUAGGCACAUUCAGGCGCUCCCUUGGGUUCUUGUGAGCUGUGUUCAGACUUCAGCAGGGGAGCAAAUGGAUUGCAGGGGAGCAGAAUUGGACCACUGUGCCUGAAAUGACAUUUUACUCCAAGUCUCCAAAACGUUUUUAAGACUACUAAGGCCUUCUGUGUAAUUCCUUUAAAUGUGUAUUUCUUAAAAAUUCAAAUUUGUAAUAAAACUAUUUGUAUAAAAA